AAAAAAAACAAAUAAGUGUGCAGUCAGGCACCUCUACAGGCAGCUAAAGCCGUCUGGUUGGGUCCUACAACCGGUGCUAAGCUAACCAGAAACCAUGCCGACUGUCGGUGUCAAAAGGGAUCUUCUUUUUAAAGCGUUGGGAAGAAUUUAUACUGAUGAGGAGUUCGACGAACUGUGUUUUGAAUUUGGACUGGAGCUAGAUGAAAUCACCACAGAAAAGGAGAUAAUUAGCCGUGAGCAGGGUGAUGUCAAGGCAGCAGGAGCGUCUGAUGUCAUCCUUUACAAGAUCGAUGUACCAGCAAACCGCUAUGACCUUCUAUGUUUGGAAGGUUUGGUUCGUGGGCUGCAGGUCUUCAAGAACAAGAUGGAGGCUCCUCGGUACAAACGUGUCAGCCCUAUCAGUGGGAAGCCUCAGAAGCUCAUUAUCACCAAGGAGACAGCAGCAGUGCGUCCCUAUGCUGUGGCAGCAGUUUUGAGGAACAUCACAUUCACGCAGGAGCGCUAUGAUAGUUUUAUUGAGCUGCAGGAGAAACUCCACCAGAACAUCUGCAGAAAGAGGAGCCUUGUGGCGAUCGGGACUCAUGACCUGAACACCAUCUCAGGUCCGUUCACAUACACAGCUAAACCACCUGGAGACAUCAGCUUCAAGCCCCUCAAUCAGACCAAAGAAUACACUGCCACUCAACUCAUGAGCCUUUACAAGACCGACAGCCACUUGAGACAUUACCUUCAUAUAAUUGAAGACAUGCCCGUGUACCCCAUCAUUUAUGACAGCAAUGGUAUUGUCUUGUCGAUGCCUCCCAUCAUCAAUGGGGAUCAUUCCAAAAUUACCUUAAAGACAAAGAAUGUCUUUGUGGAGUGCACAGCCACGGACCUAACCAAGGCAAAGAUUGUGUUGGACAUGAUGGUGACCAUGUUCAGCGAGUAUUGCUCACAGCCUUUUACUGUUGAAGAGGUUGAAGUGGUGAACGCUGAUGGCACGACCAGCAUAUAUCCAGAACUGGCUUAUAGGAAGGAGAAGCUCUCCUCCAAAUUUGUCAAUAAUAAAGUUGGCAUCAAUGAGUCAACGGAGAAGAUCGCCCAGCUGCUAACUCGGAUGUGCCUACGCUCUCAGGCAACUGGUAUCGCUGAUGAAAUAGAAGUUGAGAUCCCACCCACUCGCUCAGAUGUCAUCCAUGCCUGUGAUAUCAUGGAGGAUGCAGCGAUGGCUUUUGGCUUCAACAACAUCACCCGCACAACACCACGGACUUACACCAUAGCCAACCAGUUUCCACUGAAUAAACUGACAGAGCUGUUAAGACACGACCUUGCAGCUGCUGGUUUCACAGAAGCCCUCAACUUUGCUUUGUGCUCCAAAGAAGAUAUUGCGGAGAAGCUAGGUAAGAAGAUCACAGAGACCAGGGCAGUUCACAUCUCUAAUCCCAAAACUGCAGAAUUCCAGGUGGCGCGUACCAGCCUGCUGCCAGGCCUGUUGAAAACAAUUGGAGCCAACAAGAAGAUGCCUCUGCCCCUCAAGCUGUUUGAGAUAUCUGACGUGGUGCUGAAGGAUGACACCAAAGAUGUUGGGGCAAGGAACAGCCGACAUAUCUGUGCUGUGUACUACAACAAGAGUCCAGGCUUCGAAGUAAUCCACGGCCUGCUGGACCGUACCAUGCAACUGCUGGCGGUGAAAGCUGCCAGGGGAGGCGGCUACCACAUCCAAGCUGCAGACGAUUCCACUUUUUUCCCCGGGCGCUGUGCAGAGAUCUUUGUCCACGGGAAAAGCGUUGGACAUCUCGGGGUCCUCCACCCACAAGUCAUUAACAACUUUGAGCUGACCAUGCCCUGCUCUGCCUUUGAGAUGGACGUCGAGCCUUUCCUCGGCCACACGGCUGAAACACACCUCACGCAUGAGGUUCCCCUGCAAGAAGCUAUCAAACACAAGUUCCCCGCUGAAGUAAAACCCCGUCAAGGUGCCACCUCCUCCAAAACUGUUUUUGGAGACUUAAGCACACCCAAGGCUCUCAAAGCCCUCAAUGAUUUCCUGGUGGACAAAAGCUACAUUGAAGGCUAUGUAGCAUCUCAAGCUGACGUGGCCGUCUUUGAAGCCGUCGUCUCUACUCCCUCACCGACAUUGUGUCAUCUCCUGCGCUGGUACAACCACAUCAAAUCCUUCUAUAGGGAAAGAGCUGACCUCCCUGUCGUCAAUAAGCAGUUUAUGCUGCCUGAGACUCCUCCCACAUCUACCAACAGCGACGAAGACAUCGACCUCUUCGGCUCAGACGAUGAAAGUGACAGCACGGAGGCAGCAAAAUUGAAAGAGCAGCGGCUCGCAGAGUACGCAGCCAAGAAAUCCAAGAAACCAACAGUCAUCGCCAAAUCCUCCAUCCUUCUUGAAGUCAAACCCUGGGAUGAUGAGACAGACAUGGUCAAGAUGGAGGAGUGCGUCCGCAGUGUCAGCAUGGACGGGCUGUUGUGGGGGCAGUCCAAGCUGGUCCCGGUGGGUUAUGGAAUCAAGAAGCUUCAAAUAGGAUGUGUGGUGGAGGAUGAUAAAGUGGGCACGGAUCAGCUGGAGGAAGCAAUCACUGCAUUCGAGGAAUAUGUUCAGUCUGUGGACGUGGCUGCCUUUAACAAGAUCUGAAGGAUAUAGACGCUUGGCUACACUUAAGAGUUCACGCAGAUAAAACAAGGAUGUAGAAGAACCAGCUUCUCAGGGUGCGGUCACACUUGGCCGGUUUGUUUCAGUCCAAACGGACUCUUGCGCGGUUUGUUUUGUCCAGUGUAAUUGCUUCCUUAUGUGCAAGUCCACCUUUGAGUGAUCUCAGUCUGCUUGUUU